UACCUUGACGAAGUCUGCAAUAAAUCUUUUGCGUCUUAAUAAGGAAUUUGACCAAUCUUGUUGGUUUUGAACUGUCACCUCAACUUAUUCAGUUGUAGAACGAGAAACACAGUGCAAGGAGACGAAUUACUUUGAUCCAGCUUUUAAGUGCAGCUACAAGUGAUCUCUUAAUUCAAAGUUUUCAAAAGCGUGCAAAGUUUUCAAAAGCGUGCAAAGAAUAAUAAAAAGAAUAAAUUGGUGGUUUUGGUUGUGUUUUUUUUUGUUUGGGAAAAGAUUUUUUAAUUACCGUUUUUUUCAGAAUUUAUUAUUGGGAACUAUUUGUGUAUUUCAGAAAUGGUGCCAGUGCAGUUGUUGCUUAAUACUAUUUUUAUGUAAAGAUAUGUUAUUUUCGCAAUUUAUAAUAACUGAACAAGGCGUUUCACACAUUUUGUUUUGUGUGGCGUUUCUCGCAGACUUUUUGUUGAAAACUUUUAAGGCUUGAUCAGAACUGUAUAAAGUGCUUAUGGUUUGCAAUUAGAAAUUGAUAGAACUUUGAAUUCUGCAAGUUUUCUUGUAUAAAGCCAUCAAGCUUUUAUUCUGUGUAUUGUUACGCGCUGUCAUUUGCAAUUUGUUGGUGCUGUUUGAGUUAGUUAAGCACACGGAAGUGAUAAUUGCGCUGUUGAGUCGGAUAAAGGGCAUCCGGAAACCGAUCAGUAUGGAUAGUUUCACGCAGAUGGGGCGGAUCAAGUUUACGCCGGUAGAUCCAGUGGAUGAAGGUUUGGGGGUUUUCUCCAAGGACGUCGCUUGUCUUCAGGAGACGAAGCAGGAGAUGAUGGAAUUUGUCGAAUUGAAGGCACCGGAUCGGCUGGGGCAAAGGUUCCUAAACUUGCUCUACCUCUGGGUUCACCUGAGUGUGUUGGCGAAGGUGGUGGCCAUCCAGGCGCAGGUUCCAUUCCUCAGCAUGAACUGAUCGGAAAGUAUCGAAAUGAUUGGCAGCCUAGGAGCGGCUCGUGUCUGAGAU